AUGCCGAAACGUACAAUAGAAGAUACAGAAUUAAACUCUGGAGAUAACGAAAUCAAGAUAUCCUCCAAGAAAAGUCGCAAAGAUAAAAAGGAUAAAAAGGAAAAGAAAUCCAAGGAUGUCGAAGAGUCAGCCACAGAAUCCACCCCAAUCGAGGUUGAGGUAGAAUCGAAAGAGGCUCGCAGAGAAAGAAAACGACUUAAGAAGGAGAAGAAGGCUCAAGAGGCGGAAAAGGAGACAGAAGAAGAAGAAAAAUCCGGAGUCGAGACAAUUGAGCCUGUGUCGGAUGCCAAUGCUGCAGCGGAUGCAAAAGUUGCCAAAAAGGCAGAAAAGGCACGAUUGAAGGCAUUAAAGAAGGAAGGAGAAGAGAAGGCUGACAGCACCAAGUCUAUUGAAACCGCAGCCCCUGCAAGCGUUACUCCGCAACAAAAUGGAACAACCUACACAGAAGAUCCUAAUCUGAGCGGCUUGCCACAAAGCGAAAUAGACUCCUUCUUGACCACAAACUUCAUCACCAUCACCGACCCAUUAUCUACCUCAGCUACUCUAAGGCCGCUGACAAAUUUCGAUUACCUGCCGAUCACUGAUCCUGCUCAACGAGCCCCAUUCAAGGACUUCAAGGCUCCAACACCCAUUCAAGCCGCCGCAUGGCCGUUCUUGCUCGCUGGUCGCGAUGUAAUUGGUGUCGCCGAGACUGGUUCGGGCAAAACCAUGGCAUUCGCUGUUCCUUGCGUGCGUUAUAUGUCAGCUUUGCCCAAGAACCAGAUAAACAAAGGUCCUAGGGCCGUUGUCGUAUCGCCGACUAGAGAAUUGGCGAUGCAGAGUUAUGAGCAGAUUGUAAAACUUGCCAAGGCAUCUGGUCUUUUGUGUGUUUGUGUGUAUGGUGGUGUUCCCAAGGAUGAGCAGAUCAGGGCAUUGAAAACUGCGGAUAUCGUUGUCGCUACUCCCGGUCGUCUCAACGAUCUCAUCAAUCAAGGAUGUGCAGAUUUGAGCAAGGCUCGAUAUGUCGUUCUUGAUGAAGCUGAUCGUAUGCUGGAUAAAGGGUUUGAGGAAGAGAUCAGAAAGAUUAUCAACACUACUCCCUCUCUUGGAAAGAGACAGACACUCAUGUUCACAGCGACUUGGCCCGAGUCUGUUCGCGAAUUGGCUGCCACAUUCAUGACCAGCCCGGUGAAGAUUGCAAUUGGCGACAACCCCACAGGAGAUCUGCGAGCCAACUCGCGCAUCGUUCAAAAGGUUGAGGUUGUGGAACCAAGGGACAAGGAAUACAGACUUAUGCAACUAUUGAAGCAAUAUCAAAGUGGCAGUCAAAAGGAUGACCGAAUCCUGGUCUUUUGUUUGUACAAAAAGGAAGCUACCAGAGUAGAGAGUUUCAUUAGACAGAAGGGCUUUCGAGUUGCUGGUAUCCAUGGUGAUUUGAGUCAGGAACAAAGAACGAGAAGUUUGGAGGCUUUCAAGAGUGGCAACACCCCAAUUUUGGUUGCUACAGAUGUCGCAGCUCGAGGUCUGGAUAUUCCUGCUGUCAAGUUAGUUAUCAACUGCACUUUCCCUCUUACAGUGGAAGACUAUGUGCACCGCAUUGGUCGAACAGGUAGAGCCGGCAAAGAUGGAUUAGCAAUUACAUUGUUCACUGAGCAUGACAAGGCUCAGUCUGGCGCUUUGAUCAACGUCCUCAAGGCAGCCAAUCAACCAGUCCCCGACGAAUUAUUGAAGUUCGGUACCACGGUCAAGAAGAAGGCUCACGAUGCUUACGGUGCAUUUUUCAAGAAUGUGGACACUACCAAAAAAGCAACAAAGAUAACAUUUGAUUAA